AUGGUAAUGGGAAUGAUGAGAAUUGGUGAGCUUAAAACAAGAAGAAUUUUAUUCCAGAAAUUAAAAUCAAAAGAGAAGAUCUCAGGAGUUCUACUUGAUUUUCUCGUUGACAUCAACGACACAAGAAGUGAACGAUCAUCAAUCAACCAAAAUGUCAGAUUCACUGAAGACCUGAAUGUUAAUCGACUUUUCGUUAUUUAUAAAAAGAAUCAACAACAUAAUGUAAGGAAUGGAAAAUUUCAAGUAAUGAGAAAACGUGGGCCAGAAAUGCAAAUUGUGACUGGUGAGAAGUUUUUCGAUAAUGUCAAUCUUAAGUCACCAAUUUUACUGCGCGGAAAGAUUGAAAGUCAAACAUUGCAACGCAUGAAUCCAAUAUCAACAAUCAACAAAGAUCUUGUGCCUGAAAGUGAUUACACGAUUACUGGUCCAGUCAAUCAGAUCAAUCAGAAAUGUUUUAAAUAUAACUGA